UGCCUCCUCAGUCCCCAGACAACCACAACCCCCUAUCAAAAAUGAAAUCGUUCAUCGUACUCGCUCUCUUCGUCGCCGCCGCCGUGGCCGCGCCCGCCGGUCCCGACGCCGACGCCAAAAUUGUCCGCUACGACAGCGACAACAUCGGGGUUGAUGGAUACAACUACGCUGUCGAGACCUCCAACGGUAUCUCCCAGCAAGAGCAGGGUCAGCUAACCAACCCUGGAACUGAGAACGAGGCCAUUUCCGUCCGCGGACAGUUCUCCUACACCGGCCCUGAUGGCCAGCAGUACACCGUCACCUACGUCGCUGACGAGAACGGCUUCCAGCCCCAGGGUGCCCAUUUACCCGUCCCCCCUCAGUAAAUCUUCCUCCCCCUAGUAAACCCAAAACUCUAGUCCAAAAAUAAUAAUACUCACUUCCUACACCUUCUUCACCUGUUGAUCGUUCAAGCGAUUCUGUGAUAAGAUCCCGAAAUCAUGUUGUUAAUAAACAUUUAAUGUUUUAGUAAAUUUUA